AUGACGCUAGUAGUAACAAUAAAGAAGAGUGGAGUUAUGAUAAGGUCAGGCUGCCAUGGAUUUAAGCCUCAGCUCUAUCCAAAUGUGACCGAGUUGCAAAUAAACGAAGGAGAUACCCUUAAGAUAACGUGCAUGAGCAAAGGCUACAUUAAUUUUCAUUUUCCUACCAGCAAUGCAAGAGGCAGAACAACCUCUCAACCCGAUAUUAUACCAGAAGGCAGGAGCACCAACAAGACAUUUAUUAGAUCAUCAACUGUUUUUGGAGACACUGGCUGGUAUUGUUGUGCUGAUGAAAGCAAACGAAUAACAAAUAUGACUUUCAAAAACCACAAUGAGCAAGGAGUUACUUGGAUUAAACCAAAUAUUAAAGUGAAUGGUCUAAAAGACAUGACUGUAGGCUCGAAAUUAAGUCUGAAAUGUACUGUCAAAGUUAGAAGGGAAGCCCUUUACAACAUUUUCUGGAAAAUUCCCAAUAAUAUGACUUCCAGGAUAAUUUUUAAUAAUGUGCAAGAAGUAGCAGAGAAGUAUUACACGUAUGAUCUAAUUACGUCUGAACUCAUUGUUGACAAUGUGACUUUCGGUGAUAAAGGAUAUUACGAAUGCCAAGUAAAAUCAUCGUUUAAUAAAACUAAAAGUACUCAUACAUACAUUUGCAUAUAUGAUUCUAAUAAACCAUAUAUCCAUUUGACGUCUAAUAAUAAAAACGUAUACGGCAAUUACGGUGACUCUGUGACUUUUGUGGCUUACGCCACUGCAUGUCCAACACCAAAUUUUAAAUGGGUGGAUAAUCAUGGUUUCAGAAUUCAUAGUGAUCCAAGUCUAGGUUACUCAAUACUAACAAAAUACAACGAAUCAACACUGAGCAUGAGCUUGCGCAUAGACAAUAUUAAACCUUUCAACAGGGGUUUUUAUACACUCUCAGCUGGAAAUAUUGCUGGAAAGAAGGAACUAACAUUUCAUCUUAAAUUUCUUGAUAAGCCAAGGGUGUGGUUAAAUACAAGUUAUCCUAAAGGUUACUACAGCUUUAAUGAGAGCGUUACGUUUGCUUGCCAUGUUGAGAGUAAAUCUAAAUUUAACAUAUCGUGGACUUACAAAAGGCACCUCAAAUUCAAGUUUCAAUACAUUGAUGAAACAAAUAAGAUACUGCGUUUGCAUGGUAUGAAUACAAAUGAAACGAGUAAUAAUGCUGAAAGUGAGUCGAUAGUUAUGAUAAGCCCGCUAGGAAGGUCUACAAUCAAAUGCACGGCUUGCAAUAAAGAUGGAUGUGUCAAUAAGGAGCAUGAUAUUUAUGUGACAGACGGAGUCCCCAAUAAGGCUUUUGGAGUUAUAGAGCCAAAAACCAAAUUUUAUGAAAGUCAAAACAUCUCUUUAGUAUGUGCCGCUGUCAUACAUAUAUUUUCCGAGGUACUAUGGUAUGACAAUAAAAACGAAAAAAUUGUAGAUUCAGAAAGAAUACACGUAACAUUUAAAGAAACUAACUACACUGAACGUGCCAUUCUGUCGAUUACUAACGUGAGUCGUUCCGAUGAAAGGGAUUAUUAUUGCGUCACAAAAAAUUUAUAUGGAAAAAUUCGAGAGAAAUAUUCUCUUAAGAUUAACAUUCCAGCUUAUUUCGUUCAUGUAAAUAUGAAUGACUUUGCAAUAAUACGGUUUGCAAAAGAUCCUGAAAAUCCUGUUUAUUUAUUAUGUUACAUUGGAGGAACGCCAACCCCUAACAUUACAUGGUUUAAAGACGGUACACCUUUGGAGUCUUCAAAGCAGUUUAGUUUAGAGGAUAGAAAUCAAAAGUUAGUCAUACGAUAUCUUUUGGAACGUGACAGUGGAAAUCAAGAACUUUACAUUUGGAUUGCGAUGAUAGUGUGGUUCAUAACAAUUCUCAUUUCUCUUUUAAUGUACUUUUAUUUGAAAACUCAACAUGCGAAGUUUAAAGAAAAAAAACUAUUAGAAGCUGGCAGUACGAAUUUUAAAGAAGGAGCAGUUGAUUUAAUAAACCCAGAUUUAACCGUAGACGAGCAGGCAGAACUUCUUCCUUACGAUAUUAGAUGGGAGUUUCCUAUUGAGAAGUUAAGAUUAGGUAAAAAAUUAUAA